AUGGAUGUUAGACAAAAAUUAUUAGCAUUGAAAUCUAAACCACAAGAAAGAUCUAACAAUUUAUCUCAAAAUAGCAAUGAUUCAACUCAUGGCCUCCAAAUAAGCACGAUUUCUUCCAUUAAGCCAAGAUUAUUAUUCACAUUUGGAACUGGAGCCUCUUUUCCUGCUUAUGAAUCUUUAGAUAUACCAUUUGAAAGAAAUCCAAACCUAGCUUCCACACUUCAACCUCAAAAAAAGUCUAAUAAUUGUAAAUUUGAAGAAAACUCAACAAUUAAAAUAACUACCGCCAUAAAUGGUGAAUUAAUUGAAUCUACUUAUGAAAAUACUAAAUGCUUAUUAGAUAAAUUCUGGGCAAAAUGCUAUUUAAAGAUAUUCACAUCCAAAAACGAGAAAAUUGAUUUUAAAAUACUAGACGAUGGCCAUAUAAAGAGAAAU